UGAAGCUCAGGGUGUGGGUAUAUAAGAAGCGCCUCCAGCGCAGCGCGGCUGCUGCCCUGAGACCCGCGACCUGGGCGCACGGACGCAGCCCUUCACUCGCCCCGAGGCCUGGGAGCCCAUCGCAGCGGGCCGGUGGGCUCUCACCCGGGCUCCUGCCGCGUACCCUGGGACCGACACCCAACCCCCCAACUUCUGGCCCCUCUCCUUCAAGGCGCACCCCCGGAGUCGUGCGCUCCAGCCCAGCACACGCGCGCGAUACCCGCGCGCCCGGCGCCAGGUCCGCCCCACGGCGAUGCGUGCAGGGGACCGGGCGGCUGGGCUCGGACAGAGGGAGUAGCGCCCGCGGGGGGAGGUCGGGAGGCUCAGGGGUUAGAGACGGGGCUGAGGCCCCCUUCGCUCAGUGCAACACCUGCUGCCGCCGCCGCCGGGCCGCGAUGAGCCGCGUGGUCUCGCUGCUGCUGGGCGCCGCUCUGCUCUGCGGCCACGGAGCCUUCUGUCGCCGGGUGGUCAGCGGCCAAAAGGUGUGUUUUGCUGACUACCAGCACCCCUGCUACAAACUGGCCUAUUUCCAGGAACUGUCCAGCCGAGUGAGCUUCCAGGAGGCGCGCCUGGCUUGUGAGAGUGAGGGGGGAGCCCUGCUCAGCCUGGAGAACGCAGCAGAACAGAAGUUGAUAGAAAGCAUGUUGCAAAACCUGACAAAACCAGGCACGGGGAUUUCUGAUGGCGAUUUCUGGAUAGGCCUCUGGAGGAGUGGAGAGGGGCAAGCGUCUGGCGCCUGCCCAGACCUCUACCGCUGGUCCGAUGGCAGCAGCUCCCAGUACCGAAACUGGUAUGCGGAUGAACCUUCCUGUGGAAGUGAAAAGUGCGUUGUGAUGUAUCAUCAACCUACGGCCAAUCCUGGCCUUGGAGGCCCCUACCUUUACCAGUGGAAUGAUGACAGGUGCAACAUGAAGCACAAUUACAUCUGCAAGUAUGAACCAGAGAUCAAGCCAACAACUCCUGGAGAGAAGACUUACUUUACAAACCAACCAGAAGACACCCAUCAAAAUUUGGUUGUUACUGAAGCAGGCAUAAUUCCCAAUCUCAUUUAUGUUGUCAUACCAACAAUACCACUGCUCUUAUUGAUACUGGUUGCUUUUGGAACCUGCUGUUUCCAGAUGCUGCAUAAAAGGAAAGCAAGGAGAAACUUCAUCAAGGACUCAACUCCAUUAUCAUCUGAGUGCCUUGCAGAAAAUUUAAAUUCCAACCUGUAAAGGAAGGACAAAAACUAGCCCAAACCAGUCCACACUGUGGAUUUCAAAAAGCACGAGAAAAGAAAGUGGCAUGGAAGUGUAAAAACUCAUUGACUGGCUCCAGAAAAGAAAACAGAGGUUUGUAUAAGGAAUGGUAUCAGAACCUUAGCUUGGAAUGGCUUGAAAUCUCAGAGGAUCUGCAAGAUGAACUGUAAGCUCCCUCUUGAGGCAAAUAUUAAAAUGAGUUUUCUAUGUUUAUUUCAUUUACAAAAUACGCUGUGCUAAUAAUGGAGUGAGACAUGCUUAUUUUGCGAAAUGAUGCACCCAAACUUCAAGUAAGUGGAAUGGGCCAUGCGGAUAAACUUGCUGUCAACACAUCGGCAGUAUGUGUGUCAGAAGCAGUUAUUUUUGUUCCUUUUACCUUUCAUAAGUUGUAAUCUGGUUACUGUAAUGUAAAUUGUAUUGAAAUUUAAGGUGUGCAAAUAUAUUUUACCUUUACGUAAGUGUUUGAUAAAAAUGGACUGUUCUAAUAUUUAUUUUUAUGGUGUCUCAUUUUUCAAUACAUGCUGUUUUAAUUAAAGAAAUUUAUCACUGUGGUCAACUGAACUCACAAGCAUAAGUAUAUUACCAUAGGAAAAAGUUUCCUUUCUAGAAAUGGUUCAUCUUUCAGUUUCUCUGCUUUGGAUCAGACAAUGUGUCGGAGAUCUCUUCAGAAAUAAGAAGUUAUUUCAUUAACUGUGGUAUAAAUCCACACAAAUAUUUUACUUAGAGGCAAGAAUUGUCUAAGUUCAAUUGUGCAAGACAUGUGCCUUACAAUUAUUUUUAGUUUAAAAUUCAGCAGAUUUUGUAAUAACUUUGUUAAUAACUGUAUAAAUGAUAUACUCAAUCUAGAACAAAAAUAGUGGUAUAUACAUUAUAAAUCAUAUGUCUUCACUUGUUGCCUAUAUAACCACAAGUAGCUCACUGAGGGCUCUGGAAUCAAUUUGGUCCCUCCCUUGACCACAAAACAAAGGGUUGUUUGGGGUUUGGGAAUAAAACUGGAGGCAGAUAGCUGCAUCGUUUGUCUAAGGUUUUCUUCUAGCUCUGAUUUGCCUCUAUCAGCAAAUGAAGGGGUUUUACAGUUGGGACCAGGUGAGUGGUCACAUUGGUGUGGAGGUAAGCACAGUACACUAACAUUUCAGCGAGGAAAGAAAGUUAUGAGUUAGUGUGAAAAAACGACUGGAGGGCAUGGAUGGUCACUGUUCAUUGUUAAGGCUUUGGCUGGGAGAGUAAAUUGGGGCUCUUCUGUCUUAUCCCCUGGUUUCUUCAAUGCUUGUGGCUUCUUCUUCUCAAGAGAGAGUUGUAACUAACUAGUCUUCACAUGUCCCUGUGCUCCU